AUCUCAAUGGCGAACGACUUCGGAUUGCGUGACCGCGUACCUACCGCGUACCUAAUUGACCGCAAUUUAUCCGUGACAGACGGAAUCGGAGAAAUUUAAACACGACGCUGCUGGCGGCAGAAAAUUUAACGUGUGCCGCGAUUGCCAGGCGGCGCGUCGCAUCGAUGAUUCGCAAACAGUCUGUCCCGUCUGCACCUUCUGCACCGCGCGAUGUCUGGGCAGUUCCAUACUUUCUUUGCUUAAAAUGAAAUAAAUAUACAAAUUCGAAGUUGAGGAGAAAAAGGUGGAAGAACAAGAGGUACGAGAAGCUUAGCUGCGAAGAGCGGACCUGAAGAGCUACGUGUGUCCCUUUGAGCCUCACGUCUCUCGUCUCUUUCUCUCCAACGUCGAUACUACACCUGGUCUCACGGCAAGUGCAGAACAUACGUUUCGUGCACCGCAAAAAACACUAAACACAACUUCUAGGAUUUAUGCCGAUCGCGUUUAACUAAACACGCGACUUCAGAACUCGAAGAACGGAGGAGUAAGUGAUCAAAUCGGAUCAUCUCGUCUACACGUUUACGUUAGAGGUAUCUGAAGAGGAUGACUUCGUUCGGACGCGGCCGCGGAUGGUCCAGUAUAUCCCCUCAAACUGAUCAGGGUCUACGUAGGCCAGGGGUUGCCGCGUCCGGCACCAACAAGGUUUUGAAGGACAUAAUAGAUAAGAUAGUUUCUUACGACGAGCGCGAGAGCGACUCGUCACAGCUGAUCCAGGAAAUUGUGGAUCUGCUGACUAUCGCGGUCAACGAGGACAAUCUAGGGUUAGUGUGCGACUCCCUUUGGAAACAGGCUAUACACCACUCAAUGACCACAAAGAUAGCAGUGAUAUUUAGUGACAACAAGGUCUUCCUGUUGGAAAAUAAUGAUAACAAAAAUAUACGAAACCGCUUCUUGCAUUUCCUGCAGGAUAACUAUAUGUCUAGGGAAAAAGAUCUUCUAGAAGAUCCAAAGGUAUUUGCCAAUAAGGUCCUACUUCAUGCAGAAGUUUACUAUCAUAUGAAAUUGAGCAAUGGCUCUAAAUUAAAGGUAUUAGCUGCACCGUUAAUUCAAUAUUUAGAGGAUCUGCUGCAAAACAAUCCCAAGGAUAAUAUUUAUUUCAUCAUGAUACAGAUUCUCAGAUCUGGUAAAGAUUUCUACGCAGCAUGUCCAGGAAAAUUAGAAAAUUUAAUAAUGACAAUCAGGCAACUGCUGGUAAAGGAAAACUUGCACAGUCCUGAAAACUAUGCAGCAUUAUUGCUGGUGAUAGAAUUAGCCAAUAACAACUAUGAAAUUAAGGACACACAAGUAAAACAUUUUUAUCUCUCCAAUAUUAAGUCUCUUUCUUUUGAAUAUCCAUUUUCUCAUGAAGAAUUGAAGGUGAUCGCAACGACAAAGACUGAAAAUGAUAAUCAAUCACAGGAAGUUGAUAACAAUCAGCAAAUUGUAAAAGAAGAAACGAAAAAUGAUGUAUCUGAGCAUGGUACUUUUUCAAAAAAUUACAGCGUUCCAAGAGCGAUACGUGGUUCGGGUGCAUUGGAUAAAUCGAAAAAGGGAACUAAUAUUAAUGCAAAAUCAAAUUCAUUGGAAACACCACCAAGAGAAAGAAACAAGGCUUGGGGUCACGAUGAUAGAUUUCAUGAACAUUACGAAUAAAUAUAUUUUAUACAAGUCAACUGGUGCAUUUCUUUUUGGAAUAUAGAAAGAUUUUACAGAAAGAUCAUGUAUAUGGACUAUACAUUGUCGUAAUUGCAAUCAAAGCGAGAAAAAAUUUUGGAUUUUGUUUUGGCAAAAAGACAGUCCUAUGUUCUACAUUGAGAUAAAAAAGUUGCGGAAUGUAAUGUGCUUUGAUACUAUAUGCUUUUAUCUUACACUCAGGUAAAAUUCCAAGCGCGAUGCGUUUUAUGUAAGAUCCGUAUGAAGAGUGAAGAGACUUGUAAAAUCACAAAAUAUAAACUGUAGAAAUAAGCAGUUUAUUUGUGAAUAUAUAUAUAUAUAUAUAUAUAUAUAAUCAUAUUCAGAUAUUUAAUGAGCUCCUCUUUUUUUAUUUGUUUAAGAUAAAUUUAUUGUAAAAUAAGGAAUUUUUGUUAUUAUUUCUUUGAUAUAGUAUGUUAUGAAAUUUUCUAGGAAUGUGGAUAUAAUUUCAAUUCUGUUUUUUUUUCCACAUUCAUUAUAUACCUCUCUCUCAUUAGAUAUACAUGUAGACAUAUAUCUCUUCCGUCUUGUAUGCUAAUUAAACCAGUGUUCGAGAUUAUUGAACAAUUUACUAAACUAAAAAACUGACUCAGAAUGCUGUAUAAUAUUAUCAUGUAUUACGCAUGCAAAUAAACUAAAUUGCAAUUCUAUUA